AUGAACAACAAAGGUAUUUGUCCGGAGCAGGUGUGUCCCUCAGCCGAGCCUGCACCUGUAUACCCCCUGCUGCGUUCUCCGGCACCGCCUUACACAGACACACCACCUGUCUAUGAGAUUUUCCCCAGCCAGAUUGUGCUUCCCCUCAGGUGCCUGGUCCUUCACGAUGUCUCUCCCUACCCUGGUGCUCCAGGUGUUCUGCCCAUGCAGCCACACAUGUCUGUUGGCCCAGUGGGCAGCCUGUCCCAUGGCUUCUUCCCCAUGGGAGCCUGUACCACCCUGGUUCAACCAGUAUGGUGGGGCGGCUUUGAUGCUGGUGCUCGCUUCAGCAGCAGCGUGUUUCCAUCGUGA